AUGCUUAAACCAAAACUCUACAAUUUGAUUAAAUUGCAUAAGCCAGCUUAUAAAAAAUUUGUCAUAGAUCAAAUUCUUCAUGAUGCUGGCCACGAUGUUCUAAGACUGCCACCCUACCACCCCGAUUUAAAUCCAAUAGAACUCGUGUGGGCAACAAUGAAGUCUUACGUAGCAGCCAGAAAUGUCGAUUUCAAGUUUUCUACCGUUUCAAAAUGGUGCGACGCGUUUUUCAAUAACUUUACGUCCGAAGAAUGGAAAACUAGAUGGGAGCAUGCAAAAAAAAUUGAGAUAGAGUUUAUGCAGCAAGAGCCCGCUGUUGAUAGAGUUGUAGACGAAGUUGUUAUCCAUUUAAAUGAAGUUGACAGCGAUAGCGACUUUCUCGAGACCGAAACUGAGGACGAAGAGGCCGAAGAACGGAGCGAUGAAGCAGAAGGGGAUCUAGCAGAAUUUUGGAUGUACAGUCUGGCAAAGUCAGUUUAAGCUGUAAAAAACCGGUUGCAUCGUAGAUAUCACGUCACAGCUCAAGCUGAAUUUGCCAAAUUGUGUAAAUGUUUAGCAAGAGUAGCUUAAACUAUCCAU